AUGCACUGCAGGAGGAUUAAUAUGAUCCGGUGGACGAUGCUGAUGGCUUUGUAUGUGACUGUCAUCUCAGCCACAUAUGAUGUUUAUGAGCAGCAGUCCUAUAUGGACCCAGAGGAUGUACUGAGUGUCAUCAUUCCCCUGGAGGGUCCACAGCGCCCUCUGCUGGGGGGAACGCUGCUGUUACCGUGCUACUUUGAGGAUCACACUGUUGAUGACCCUGGAGCUCCCACCAUUGCCCCCCUGUCUCAUCGGAUCAAAUGGAGCUUUGUGACUAAAGAAAAGGUCACAACCAUCAUUGUGGCCCGGGGGGGGAAAGUGCGUAUCACUGAGAACUACGAGGACAGAGUCCAGCUGGUAGCUUAUCCUGGGACCCCGACAGACGCUAGCAUCAGGAUAUCCGAGCUGCGUUCCAGUGACACGGGAGUGUAUCGCUGUGAGGUUCAGCACGAUAUCGAGGACAGCCACAGCAUCGUGCACGUCCAGGUUCAAGGUAUUGUCUUCCACUACAGGGCCAUCAUGGGACGCUACAGUUUGACCUUUGAAAAGGCGAAGGCAGCGUGCACCCAGAAUAGUGCAGUAAUGGCUUCACCUGAACAGCUCCAAGCAGCGUACGAUGACGGUUUUCACCAGUGUGACGCUGGCUGGCUCUCUGAUCACACAGUCAGGUACCCAAUCCAGAGUCCUCGUAUGAACUGUUACGGUGACAAAGUAGAACUGCCUGGAGUCAGGACCUACGGCGUGAGGGAUCUCAAUGAGACUUAUGAUGUUUACUGCUUCGCUGAGAAGAUGACAGGCAGAGUUUUCUACACUGCGACUGCAGAGAAGUUCACCUUCUCUGAGGCUGCGUUGGCGUGCUCUCAUAAGGGUGCUCAGCUGGCCACUACAGGUCAGCUGUACCUGGCCUGGCAAGGAGGGAUGGAUGUCUGCAACGCUGGCUGGCUCGCAGACAGGAGUGUCCGCUAUCCCAUCAACAUUCGUAGGUCACAGUGUGGAGGCGGGCUGAUCGGGGUACGGACUGUUUAUCUUCACACAAACCAGACAGGAUAUCCUCUUCCCGAGUCUCGCUGUGACGCCUUCUGUUACACAGAGUCGACUGAUGAAGACGGUUCAGGCAUGACAGAGGACGGCAGUGGUGUGCUGAGAGUCACCACAGUGACGCAGACCCCACAGGUGUUCUUCAGGACCACGACGACAGAGAGUGAGGCCGCCGGAGAGGUGGAGACUAUGAUGCCUACUAACGUGGACUUCACCUACACAGAAAGCCCCACCGACCUGCCUCUGGCUGAGCCGCCAAACAUCACCGAGUCCGUCACUGAUCUGAUAGAGUCAGCCACAGCACAGCCAGAUGUUGGCAGGGAGCUACACAAAGGCUUUGUGAUACCUCCAACCGGCAUGGUCUUCCAUUACCGUUCAGCUGCUGGCCGCUACGCCUUCACUUUUGUCGAGGCCCAACAAGCCUGCCAGAGUGUUGGAGGCUCAAUUGCCACGCCGCAGCAGCUGCAGGCAGCGUAUGAAGCUGGAUACCAGCAGUGUGACGCAGGUUGGCUACUGGAUCAGACUGUAAGGUAUCCUAUCGUUUACCCUCGAGAAGGCUGUGUUGGAGAUCUGGGAGAUCGACCCGGGGUUCGAUCCUACGGUCUGAGGCCAGCACACGAGAGAUACGAUGUGUAUUGCUACACUGACGGGUUCAAAGGAGAGGUUUUCCACAUUGGAUCAGCUGAAGGUUUCACUUACAGUGAGGCUGUUCGUAGCUGUCAAGAGCAGAACGCCACAGCGGCCUCCACAGGACAUCUCUAUGCUGCCUGGAAAAUGGGCUUUGACAAGUGCCGUGCAGGCUGGCUACUAGAUCGCAGUGUGCGUUAUCCCAUCAACAAUCCACAUGCGGAGUGCGGAGCGGGGAAAAUAGGAGUGCACACUGUGUACAAUCACCCCAACCAGACUGGCUAUCCUGAACUUGAUGCCAGAUUUGAUGCUUACUGUUUCAGAGCUGACAUUCAGCUUAUUGCAAAUGAAACUGGACUGAACAUCACAGAAAUUGAGGAGGCUCUACUAAAUCUGACAUCAGCUACCCAUUUGUUACGACCUGCUGUUCCCUCCAUAUCUCCUCCCAUCGAUGUAGAGACUUCAGGCUCUGGUUCAGGCUCAGCAGAAACUUCUGUAGUAGAUUACACAUCUGGAGGUCACUCUGGAGAAUCGUCUGGAUCUGGAGAUAAGGUUACUUCUGGAGAUGGCUCUGCUUCUGGAGACCUCCCUUCCUCUGGCUCUGGAGACCUGGCUGUCAGUGCGAGUGCGGACCUACCCAGCGGAGAAUCAGGUCCCAGCAGUACAGAUCUUUCUGGAUCAGGUAGUGGAGAAGGGUCCACGAUCAGUAUUCUUUUUUCAGGCACUGACUCCACUCCUUCAGGCAAAGACUCAGGUUCUGGAGGACCUCAAGAAGCUGGAGAGGGAAGCACAGAGAUCCUUACUUUCCCUUCAUCUGAUGUGGGAUCUGGAGUGCUGAGUGGUAGCGGGGAUGUGUCCUGGUCUGGAUCUGGCUUCAGUUCUACAGAAAGUGGUUCUUCCACAGAAAUGUCCUCUGGUUUCGUCACCAGUCAGGAGUUUUCUGGCUCUAGCAGUUUACCAUCCACAUUUUCCUCUGGAAGUGGUAGUGGACAGUCAGGAGAGCUUUCAGAGAGUGGAGACGCUCAGAUCUUAUUGAUAGAUGAUAAACUGAUUGAUGCAACCACCUCCAGUAAAUACAGUGAGCUUAGUGGAGACUUAGUGGAGGCAUCUGGGGUUUUACUCUACAGUUCUGCAGAGGGAAGUGGUGGAUAUCUGUCUGGAUUUGGAAGCUCAAGUUUUCAUUCUCUGUCUGGAUCAGGACUUUCUGGAUACGAGUCCUCUACAAGUGGAGAAGGAGGCAGUGUUACCUUCCUGUCUGAGGAUGUAAUGACAAAGGUAUCUGAAAACACAUCACCAGAGGGCUCAGGCACGCUGUUUUCGAAGCUUGGUAAGGGGCCUUUGGAGUACAGUGGAGGAGGAAGUAGUAGUGACAGUGGCUCUUACCCUGGGAAUGGAGACUCUCACUCAUCUGCUGCCAGCACGACUUUUUCAGAAGACCCUUCGAGACAUCUGCUAGUGGCCUAUCCCAUCAUUGAGUGCCGUGUGACAGAGAGCACCACAGGACCACAGGAGGACCCUAAUGCCGUGCCAGAGACCCCCGAUGAUGUCCCUGUAAUUCUGGCCCCUGCGGUUGUCCCGGCAGGACUAGCUGCACCUCCCAUUACAGUUGCACCACCCUCUGUUCAGACAUCAGGCCCUGUUGAAGGACAUGUUGGCGCAUGUGAACCGAACCCCUGUGGCGAUGCUUCAUGCACUGCAGAGAACGGCUUUGCCUUCUGUGACGAGGUAGAUGUGUGCCGUUCCGACCCUUGUGCCAAUGGAGCCACCUGUGUGGAGACUGUAGACUCUUUCAAAUGCUUAUGCCUGCCCAGCUACGGAGGGGAGCGCUGUGAGAUCGAGGAGCAGCCGUGUGAAGACGGCUGGACUAAGUUUCAGGGGAACUGCUACCGACACUUCACCGAGAGAGAGGCGUGGGUGACAGCGGAGCAGUGCUGCCGCGAUCACAACGCCCACCUGGUCAGCAUCAUCUCCCCAGAAGAGCAGCACUUUGUCAACGCAAAUGCACAAGACUACCAGUGGAUCGGGCUGAAUGACAAGACCGUAGAGAAUGACUUCCAGUGGACUGACGGCACUCCUCUGCAAUACGAGAACUGGAGGCCGAACCAGCCGGACAACUACGUGAACUCUGAAGAAGAUUGUGUGGUGAUGAUCUGGCAUUCUGACGGCCAGUGGAACGAUGUACCCUGUAGCUAUCAUCUGCCCUUCACCUGCAAGAAAGGCUCAGUGUCCUGUGGUGCCCCGCCGGAGGUGUCCAAUGCUUGCAUGUUUGGCAAAAAGAGGGUGGUGUACCCCGUCGGCUCCAUCAUUCGUUAUCAGUGCAAUCCAGGAUUUAGACAGCGCCAUCUACCGCUAGUGCGAUGUCAACCAGACGGACAGUGGGAAAAGCCCCAAGUGAAAUGCACCGAUGUGAAAAGUCAAAGGAGAGCACAGAGGAGGAGCCUCAGGAGUCCAGAACGCAACAGCCGGCAUCACUAAGGAGUAAAAAUAGCAAUUUAUUAUUUCAAAAGAACAUUAAUGGGACACAAAAAUGAAUUUUCUAUUUUUUCUGGAACGCCCACAUGGGAGUGGCUACACCAUGGUAAUGUGAUUUUUUUCCCUGUCGCUCCUAUCCUUAUUUUAUUGUUCUGGUUGUUAAUGGUUAUUGUGUGUAACAUAUUUUUGUUUAGUAUUGCUGGGACACUGAUUCACAGAUACGUUCAGUCUGGUUCACCUUAGUCUGCAGUAGAUGUUACCAUAGAGACGACGCUGGUGCAGGAAUCAUGUUAACAUGAUUCAUGAAGCCAGGCACCAAAAAGUCUACGUUUGGGUGUAUGUGGCAUGCCGGAGAUACUUCUCCUGCAGGUUCAAGGUUAUUCCUUCUUUUUCAAAUUCAGCUGAGGUUCAGUUGAAGAUUUACACAGUAGUGUAAGUAGUGCACUUAGAAUUAAAAUGCAUGAGCAUGUAAGACAGCUCUAAAGCUGAGAGAUCCCUAACAGGCCACACACAUGAAGAUAUAUGAGUUCAGUCAUUUGGACCUUUGGGUCAUGUUUGGGCAUAAAUGAUCCAAGGUGGUUUCGUUUAGACUGCAAAGACCUGGGGUUGUUUUUCCGAGUGUCACAUAAUCCCUGAACAGGAUAAGCUUAGUUUACCAAAGUCUGACUUUGUAACAAACUGAGGACAUAAAGUCACAAUGGUUCUCACUAGUUCUCAUUAAAUAAAUCAGUAAUAUUGUGAA